AUGGAGACAGUCAAUACUACUGAAAGAUUAAAGCAGCUUCGACAGCUUAUGAAAAAGCAUAAUGUUGAUGUUUACAGUAUACAUUAUCAUUCCCUUUCAGUAUCGCUAUUGAGUCUGACAAGAAGUCUAGUCGUGCCAUCAGAAGACAGUCAUCAAUCCGAAUAUAUCGCUGCGUGCGAUGCUCGUCGAGAAUUUAUUUGCGGUUUCAGCGGCUCAGCCGGCACCGCAGUUAUCACUCUGGAAAAGGCGGCUCUGGCAACAGAUGGCCGCUACUUUAACCAAGCAUCAAAACAACUUGACAACAACUGGCAACUGCUGAAGCAAGGCCUGGAAGAUGUACCGACUUGGCAGGAUUGGGCGGUAGAGCAGGCUGAAGGCAGCAGGACAGCUGGUGUGGAUCCAACCGUUAUCACUGCGUCUGAUGCCCGCAAACUGGUGGAAAAACUAAGAAAAAAAGGAGGUAGCACUCUAGAAGCCGUCAAAACAAACCUUGUAGAUCUCGUUUGGGGAGAUAAACGACCACCCACGCCACGAGAGUCGGUCAAAGCUCUUUCGAUUGAUUUCGCUGGCAAAAGUUCAGGCGAAAAGAUCGAAAACCUGAGAAAAGAACUAGCGAAGAAGAAAAGUGCGGGCCUGAUUAUUUCUAUGCUAGAUGAAGUUGCUUGGCUGUACAAUCUACGUGGUAACGAUAUACCAUUUAAUCCGGUCUUCUUCUCCUAUGCCAUUGUCACACCGACCAAAGCUUCAUUAUACGUAGAUGAAAGCAAACUCGAUGAACAAGCUCGGCAGCAUCUUGGUCCCUCAAUCGAGAUUCGGCCCUACGAUGAUAUUCUAGGCGAUGUCAUGUCGCUGAGCCAAGCUCCGGAAGCGGUAGGUGAUAACCAGACCGCCAAACAAGGGCAUACUCCACCGACACCACAGAGAAAGUACAUGAUCUCUACGAAAGCCUCAUGGGCGCUCAGUCUAGAGCUUGGAGGAGAGGAGAAAGUCGACGAAGUCCGAAGCCCAGUAGGGGACAAGAAAGCCGUCAAGAAUGAGACCGAGCUGGAAGGAAUGCGAGCGUGCCACGUGCGUGACGGUGCUGCCCUAACGGAGUACUUCGCUUGGCUAGAAGAAGAGCUCGUCGAGAAAGGAAGUACCCUGGACGAAGUCCAAGGCGCCGACAAGCUUGAGCAAAUCCGCUCCCAAAAACAGCACUUUGCGGGUCUAUCUUUCGACGCCAUCUCCUCCACCGGCCCAAACGCAGCAGUGAUCCACUACAAACCCGAACCCGGUAAUUGCUCCAUCAUUGACCCCAAAGCUGUAUAUCUCUGCGACUCUGGCGCUCAAUACUUCGAUGGCACUACUGAUACCACCCGCACUCUUCACUUCGGCACUCCCACUGACAUGGAACGCAAAGCCUACACCCUUGUCCUCAAAGGUGUCAUAUCCCUCGAUCAAGCCGUCUUUCCCAAAGACACGACUGGCUUCGCCAUCGACGUGCUAGCGCGCCAGCACCUCUGGGCUGAAGGCCUCGAUUACCGCCACGGGACGGGUCACGGUGUUGGAAGCUAUCUCAACGUUCACGAAGGACCUAUCGGUAUCAGCGCGCGUGUCCAAUCUAGUGAAGUACCUCUUGCUGCAGGUAACGUUAUUUCGGACGAGCCUGGAUAUUACGAAGACGGGAAUUUCGGAAUUAGGAUCGAGAAUAUCUUUAUGGUGAAGGAGGUGAAAACCACCCAUCGGUUUGGUAAUAAGCCGUAUUUUGGGUUUGAGCACGUUACGAUGGUGCCGUAUUGUAGGAAGCUGAUUGAUGUCGGCCUAUUGACCGAGAAAGAGAGGAGUUGGGUUGAUGAAUAUCAUAAAGAGAUCUUGGAGAAGACGAAGGAAUUCUUUGAGGGGGAUAAGAGAACAAUGAAAUGGCUGGAAAGGGAGACGGCACCCCUCUGA